AUGGCCUGCGUUCUUGAACCUUUGGAAGCGUCACCGGGUGUUGAUUUCCUGUCCACGACGGAUCCCAUUCAUGCGGUCGCGGAAGACUGGGAGAGGGAUUCAGUCAACUCUUCCUACACCUCUCGUUCCACUUCGCUUCAGUCAGAGCUCUUGGUCUCUCCAAGGCGCUCGCAAGAAUCUGCCUUCGCGAGACCGGGUGGGGCUACGCAAUCCCUACUAUCAGCGAAGUGGCCACAUUCGAUCAUCAUCGAACAGUCAGACAUCCUUCGGUAUCUUACUGACACGUUCGACGGAGGGGAGUUCCAUAAUUCGAGCGGCCCCAACUCAAAUCCCAGAACCCACGGAUCAUCGUCGUCUGCCACAUUCCCAUCAAAAGUUGCAGCCAGAAGGCAGCGCGCGCCCUUAAAACAGUCCUCAGACGGCCACGGCGACCCCGAAGAUAGUAGCGAUGAACGAGGCAGGGACAAAAAGCGCAAAUGUCUCGCAGGCCCUGUGCAAGACCGGCAGCGUAACAGGUUCUUUGCGUGUCCCUUUACCAAAUACGACCCCGACCACUACCAACGAUGCUCAAGUUGCGCACAUUCAAGUAUCCGACGUCUCAAACAGCAUCUCUACGCUGUUCAUUCACUUCCGAAGCACUACUGCAGCCGCUGCUUUCUUGUGUUCAAUGGUGUGGAAGCAUUGGUUGAGCACGAACACGCCGGUCGGACGUGCGCAGAAGCGGAAAAUCCUUACCAACAAGCGAUGACUGAUCAACAGAGGGAACGAAUAGCUCCCUUGGAAGGAAGUUGCAGAAGUCCUGGCUCGGAGGCGUGCUGGUACAACAUCUAUCAGAUCCUCUUCCCGGGUGCACCUUUGCCCGUGUCACCGUACUUGGAACGCCACACAUCGAAAGAGGGAACGCCACGGGAUCAAGAACGGUUGACAACAGUCCAAAGAAGGUCUGUUAUAGCCGCCGCCCGUCGGGAGGUGCUCCUCACCUGGACAGCUCAUGAGCUAGUUUUGGGAGUACAGCGAGACUUCCUUGACUCUUUUGCGACCGCUGUUGAAAACGUGGCUCCAUCCACAGGUAAGGCAGGAGCCACGGCUCAGACGCAGACCGACGUAACCCAGAGCAGCCGAAAAACUGGCCGACAAGAUUGUCAUCAGCGGAAGAGGCAAAAAUUGAUUCGACGUGACGAUGCAGAUGAAGAGGAAUCGGAAAGUGAAAAGAGUCACGGUCCGCCCGAUGUUGGGCUUGAGAUCAUGUGCCCAUAUUGUUGGUAUGAUUGCGAGACUUUCUCCUGGCGCAACACUUCGCAGAACGAAUAUCGCCAUUGUGAGGCCGUCAAACUUGAAAGCAUCGCCAGAUUGAAGCAGCAUCUUUGCAGGGUGCACAAGCGGCCGGAUUUCUAUUGUGGGCGGUGCUUUGUCGUACUCGAGAGUCAAGGAGACGUCGUGACGCAUUUGAGACAAGAUCCACCCUGUCCGAUUGUCAACCCCGAGAGAUUCACAGAGAAGAUGACUGCGGAUCAAUGGCUUGCAAUUAAAGCGCAGCGCUUCAGUGGGCCCAUCGAGCAGAGUUUUAAGACCAUAUGCGAGAUUCUGUUUCCAGAUGAACCGCCGCCAUUGUCUCCAUAUCGUAUCGCCCGCUUGGUUCCAUCGAGGCCCUUUCUACGCAGAAGACUUCCUGGCAUUCUUACUGCCAUCUUCCAGCGACGCAAUUUCCCCAUGCCUGCCGAGGGUCUCGAUGACAUGGUCAAUGAAGUCAUCCGAAGUCUGGAGGUUCCGGAGCAAGCCAUCCCGGUUCCGAAUCCUCACGUUGCCGAUCUGAAUGUGGCUGAUACAGACUUGCAAGUGUUGGGCGGGCCAGCCGUCAACCAGUUUCCCCCAGACGCGUUCAACUGGGAAGAUCUGCCACCCCUUGUUGUUCCUGACGAUCUUGACGACAUCUUUGAUCAAGACUUUGAUCACCACACAAUCCCGGCGCUGACUUGA